UAAUUCCUCAGUCCCAUUCUACUCCAACUCCGCAACCUCUGUAGAGUUCACCUGGCUUCACUAAUAAUAUAUAUGCCCUAAACAACACCAGGCUAACCGCCUGCCACUGCACCGUCCUCAGACUCCGCAAUGAUACUCUCAAUUGCCCCAAUCGCUCUGGGAGCACUGGUUUUCUCGACCGUCUCCGCGCUGAGCCCUGCCGAUAUACCUGUAGACACACCGAUUUCGAAGCUCCUUGAGUCUGCGCAUGCAAGAUUUAUAGCAGGCGACACCCACGAUGCCUUGACUUACUACGAUGUCGCCAUCGCUCGUGAUCCACAGAACUACAUGACCAUCUUCCGACGAGCGACUACCUAUCUAUCUAUCGGGCGCAACAACAUGGCGCAACUCGAUUUUGACAAAGUGUUGAGCCUGAAGCCGAACCAUGAAGGGGCCCUGACGCAGCGCGCAAAAAUAAAGAGCAGGAACGCGGACUGGGCGGGAGCUCGAGCAGACUACAGGGCAGCGGGGAAAGCCGAAGAGUUAUCGGAGCUUGAAAGUGCUGAAGGGGCAGCGAUAUUGGCCGAACAAGCUGCAAAGAAAGGGGACUGGGAGGCUUGUGUCUCGCAAGCCGGAGUGGCCAUCCUCACCGCCGGUACAGCACUAGAUCUCCGCAAAUUAAGAGCGAGAUGUCGCUUGGAGCGCGGUGAAGUAAUGGAAGGAGUCAGCGACUUACAGCAUGUUCUCCAAAUUUCCACUGGCUCGGUGGAACCGCAUCUACAAAUAUCGGCCAUGACUUUCUACUCUCUUGGAGAGACCGAGAAGGGCCUGACCCAGAUCCGAAAAUGCUUGCAGUCUGACCCAGACUCAAAACAAUGCAUGAAACUUAUGAAACGAGAAAAAUCCAUUGAGAAACGAUUAAAGACGAUUCGAGCACAAGUGGACAAGAGAUCUUAUGCGGCGGCUGUCAAACAGCUCAUCAAAUCCGGAGAUGAGGUGGGCUUAUUGCAAGAGGUCAAAGACGACGUCAAGGACUUCAAAGCACAGGGCUACAUUCAUCCAAUGUCACCAGCAGGGCUAUACCGAAAUCUCGUCGAGAUAACGUGUGAGGCAUACAUGGAGAUGAACAACCGCAAACGCGCCACCCCUUACUGCCACGAAAUUCUCGCCUGGGACUCAACCAACAUCCACGCGAUGCUCAUCAAGGCACACGACCACUACGACGCUGAGGAAUGGGAACCUGCCAUCAACACCCUCAACGACGCCGCCCAACACCACCCCCAAAAUCGAAAGAUCAACGAACUUCUCGGCAAAGCACAAAAGCAGCUGAAAAUCUCCAAGCAAAAGGACUACUACAAGGUUCUUGGUGUAUCCCGCGAGGCCGACGAGCGCCAGAUCAAAAAGGCAUACCGCGGCUUGACAAAACAGUUUCACCCCGACAAGGCUGCGACACAAGGCAUCACGAAGGAAGAUGCGGAGAAGAAGAUGGCGAGUAUCAACGAAGCAUAUGAGGUGCUUAGUGACCCGGAACUGAAGGCAAGGUUCGAUAACGGUGAUGACCCAAAUAAUCCGGAGCAGCAACAGGGUGGGCCAUUCCAGGGCUCGCCGUUCAGCGGCCCAGGUGGGCAGCAGUUUUUCUUCAAACAAGGCGGCGGUGGCGGGAUGCCGUUCGGAGGAGGCGGUGGGGGUUUCAAGUUUCAAGGAGGAGGAUUUCCAGGUGGCUUCAACUUUGGCUGAGUCAACAGUCAGGGUCUUAAGACGGCGUUCUUCAGAUGGGCGCGUGUAUCAUAUAUGGGCAUUGGGAGGGCAUCGCCGUGUGGGAACUCUGCCAACUACAUGUUGAAAAUCCUAGGAUUAGGAGGCUUAAUUCAUAGGGCCGAU